GUCAGACAGAGAGAGAGAGAGAGAGAGAGAGAAGAUCAGACGGACGAGUCGAGUGAGUGAGUGGAGGUGGAGGCUCCUCUUCUGAUGUGUUUAAUGGAGUCGCUGCGGUAGCCGCGAAGAAAACGUCGCGAGAGUUUCUUCUUGGUCGGUCGGUUGGUUGGUUGCGGCUUUGUCAUUCUUCUGAAACAGUUGCGAGGGGGAGGUUUCAAAUUGUUGUAAGAAGUCACUUCUGUCCGGCCCUUUCCUCUUACUUCCCCUUUAUUCCACACUCCUGUCUUUGCUUCUUCAGCUUAUUAUUGUUUUCUGUGCUUUUCCCCCAAUUACUGCUUUUAACUCUCGUUUUCUGCACCCGUUUUAUGCCAAAUCUAUUCUAAUUUCAGUCCGCAACUUAGGGUUUUAGGGCUUCAGCUUUUUUUUUUUUCUUAUUUAGGUUUUGUAAGGACUGCCAUUCCUGUGCUGUAAUCCUUUCUUUUUUCUUUUUUUUCUUUUGGGAUCUCCACGACAUCUUGUGAGUGGGAGCAUGAACCGUAAUUAGAUUUGGCAAUACUCAACUCUUCUUUUGUAUGUAUGUUGUUGUUAUAUUUGCUCAAGAAUUCACCAUGAUUCGGAUGUUUUAUUCGAGUCCUUUUUAGGUUUUUUAUUUUCUUUUGUUCAACGUAGCCUCUCUGUCUCUCUCUGGUGCCUAUGUGAAUGCGCCAUUUUGAUCGGGUUGGUACUCGUUUGUAGGUUGGUUUUAGUAGGUUUAGCUGUAAAUCAUGUCUAUGAACAACAGUAAUGCUCCUAAGAGUGUGGGGGUUCCAUCCCCUUUUGGCAACUCUAUGGCUGCUCAUCUCCAGUCACAGUCCCAUCCCCAGCAACAACUCCCUUCUUCCUUUCCCGCCCAAUUCAAUCUGUCCCAGCUUUCUGCUGCUCAUGCCCAAGCCAUUGCUCAAGCAUCAAAGGCUCAGGCUCAGGCUCAGGCGCAUGCCCAGUUCCAAGCCCAUUUACAAGCUCAGGGUAUAUCCCUUAACCAGCCUCAUCCCAGUGCGCUUGCCAAUUUGGGUUCUGCGUCACCUUCCAUUUCGGGCUCUGGUAACCCCAAUGCCAAAAGGCUCCCGCAGAAACCACCUGUACGCCCACCUGGCUUGUCCACCACCAACGCUCCUUCUCCAAUGAGAACGAUGGAGCUUUCUGCUACUGCUCGGAGGAAAAAGCAAAAGCUCCCCGAGAAGCAAUUGCAUGAAAGAGUUGCAGCUAUUUUGCCUGAAUCUUCCCUGUACACCCAGCUCCUGGAGUUUGAGUCUCGUGUUGAUGCUGCACUCUCGAGAAAGAAAAUUGACAUCCAAGAGGCCGUUAAGAAUCCCCCUUGUAUUCAGAAAACCCUCCGCAUUUAUGUAUUUAACACCUUCGCUAAUCAGAUCCGUACAAUUCCCAAGAAGCCCAAUGCCGAACCACCUACCUGGACACUGAAGAUAAUUGGGAGGAUUCUGGAGGAGGGGAUGGACCCAGAACAGGCUGCCAUGUUUCAGAAAACGAGUUCCAUGUACCCAAAAUUCUCUUCAUUCUUCAAGAGAGUCACCAUAUCUUUGGACCAGAAAUUGUAUCCCGAUAACCAUAUGAUUAUAUGGGAUAAUGCUCGAUCCUCAGCACCUCAUGAGGGAUUCGAGGUAAAAAGGAAAGGGGAUCAAGAAUUUACUGUCAAUGUACGGUUGGAGAUGAAUUACAUGCCUGAGAAAUUUAAGCUUUCAGCUGCUCUGAUGGACGUACUUGGGAUUGAGGUUGAUACUCGUGCAAGAAUUAUAUCUGCUAUAUGGCAUUAUGUAAAGGCUAGAAAGUUGCAAUGCCAGGAUGAUCCUUCUUAUUUCAAUUGUGAUCCUCCGCUCCAUAAAGUGUUUGGUGAGGGAAAGGUGAAGUUUACUGCUGUGACGCAGAAGAUAUGCCCUCAUUUGGCUCCACCACAGCCUAUACAUUUGGAGCACAGGAUAAAACUUUCUGGCAAUAGCCCGGCUGGAACUGCAUGUUAUGAUGUAUUAGUUGAUGUGCCCUUCCCUAUACAGAGAGAAUUGAAUGCCUUGCUAGCCAACACAGAAAAAACCAAAGAGAUUGAUGCCUGUGAUGAAGCAAUUUGUACUGCCAUCAGGAAGAUACAUGAGCACCGAAAACGAAGAGCAUUUUUUCUUGGUUUCAGUCAGUCACCGGUCGAAUUCAUUAAUGCCUUAAUUGAUUCCCAAAACAAGGAUCUGAAGCUUGUUGUAGGGGAAGGUGGCCGUAGUGCUGAGAAGGAGCGCCGGUCUGACUUCUACAACCAGCCAUGGGUUGAAGAUGCUGUUAUUCGAUACUUGAACCGGAAACCACCCGCAGAUGCCCCUGGAAGCACUUGAAUAACGAGGGAAAGAUAACCCGCAGUUGCUGCAAUUUGAGUGCAUUUCGCUUUCUGACGGUUUGACUGAAAAUGUCAUAUUAUUUUUGAGAAGUGCUGGGCCGUAGUUGCUCUUUCCAUGUUCCGGCAGGAGGGAAAGAUGCAUUCUGGUAGAAGAAAAGAUUAGGAUUUGUGGGCUGUUUCAAGCAAUUUACUCGGUCUUGCUGUUUAUGCUGGUUAUAAAGCAAGGCGAAGCAGUUUAAAGGGCCUCUCGUGCUGUAAUGUAUUUCUGUAGUUAGUUCAUUUAUGGAAGCCUAGGACCAUAGAUCAAGUAGCAGGCGCUUUCAAUGCUGACAUUGUUAAAAAUUCAUGUAUUUCAUAUCGAAUCUCAGUUUCUGGCAUCAUAUACUGGGGGACUCGGACCUUUGCAUGGAAAAAGGGAAAAUUAGAAGAGAAAUAUAAUAUUGUGUAA